AUGCCCGCGGGGGGCGGCACGCGCCCUGGCGCAGGCCCCUCGGGCCUCGCCGACCACGGGCGGCCUGCCGCGCGGGGCGCCCCUGCCGCCGCGCAGGGGACGCCGUCGCGCGGGCACGCCCAUGGCCCGCCGCCGCGCCAGGCCGGCCUCUCAGGAGCGAGCCCGGACGGGCCCGCGCCCUUCACUCCUCCGCACCGCCGCGGCGCGGAAGCGUCGCUCCUGCUGCAGGAGACGCCGAUCGGGGAGCCGACAUUCCAGAAGUUGUCACCGCCAUGCGACGAUUACUGCCUCUACCCGCCCUACCACUGGCCGGCGCCGGACUGGGCGUUCUCGCCGGAGCCCGGUGACAUCCAGGGCGGCGGCGGCUCGAAGGGGAGCCGCUGCGCCCCACGGCCAGUGUCGCCGCUGGUGCCCGCGCCGUGGGGCGGAUUCCUCGCGCCCGACGCGGAGGAGCCCUCGCCGCCCGGCGGUGGCACCCCUGGCGCCUACUGCCCGGGCCAGACGCUGGCGAAGGCCUCGCGUCUGCGGCCCCCGUGGCCCCCCGACCCUGGCGCCCCGCUGCUGGGCCUGCCAGGACCCUGCCCCGGGGCGCCGUCCUUGGCGGCGGCCUCGCCCUGGGCGCUUCUCGCGGCCUGGCCCGCGCCGCUCCCCCGCGCGCCCCUCGCGGGCCCUCCGAGGGCGGCGGCCUUGGAGGCCGCGCUGGCCGCUGCCGGCGCAGGCUUCACCGAAAGGCGCGCGGGUGCCCCCGCGCCGGCCGGCGCCGGCGCGCCGCCGAACGCGGGCUCCGCAGGCCACCAUCUGAACAGGUGCAAGCCCUGCGCGUUUGCCAACACCAAGGGCUGCAAGGACGGGCCCGACUGCGCGUUCUGCCACCUGUGCGAGCCCGGCGAGAAGAAGCGGCGGAAGAAGGCGCUCUCCGCGGACGACCAGGACGCCGUCCGCUAG